GAUUUCCAUCUUCCACAUCUAAUCAACAAUGUCCUUGAUGCACCCGGACACUAGCGACUCCUUUCUAACCUCCGUACGCGUCGUGUGUCGCAGCCAGCCUCGGAUUAACGUGUUAAAUCACGUACUACAGCAGUUGGAUGCAUUUCUUUUCCCGUCUCAAGCUUUUACGCUGCCCCGAUGCGUGCAGCACGGUAACAUUCGCCUCUUCAGACGUGUUUUGGUUACGCUAGAUAAUGACAACACCCGGUGCCAAUUCGAGAAGAUACAGCAAUAUCGACUGGCAAUGCAAGCGGCUGCAAAACUUGGCCACCUCUGGAUGGUACAACAGCUGUAUCAACGCUACCCAGUGGCGCUGAGCGGCGCGACAGCACUAGCUGCGGGACAAAGUGGCCACUUGCCGCUAAUUCAGUGGGUGUACGAGACCAAGCGCCACCUUUUGAACAUGAACUUCUAUGCAGCAGUGUACAAGGCUUUUGAGACGUCGGCUUCACGUGGAGACUUGCACACUGUGCAGUGGCUUGUGAAGAAUUUCUCGAAUGUUGUGUUUGACAUCGGUAUCCCAGCUAAAGAAGGACAAUUGGAGGUGGCGAAAUGGGUGCUGGAAGAGGGCAAAUACAGAUGCAGAUUCGAUGUAGCGGACGAAGUGGCAGUACGUGGAGACUUGAACAUGAUGCAGUUUUUAGUCAACCGCGCACUUUUGGAUGGACCGAGCUCAGCGCCGGACUUGGCGGCGGAGUUUGGCCACAUUGAACUGGUAAAGUGGUUGAGUGAGAAUGAGAGCAAACAUGCUUGGAGUUUCACUACGACUGCAAUGGUUUGUGCAGCGAAAAAUGGGCAUCUGGAGGUUGUGAAGUGGUUACACGAGAACAGGAAAGUGGGAUGUACCACUAACGCUUUGGAUCUUGCUGCAGGAUCUGGACACCUUAGUGUACUGCAAUGGCUCUAUGCAAACCGACAUGAACGAUGCACAGCGAAUGCUAUGGAUAACGCAGCGAUGACAGGGUAUCUAAAAGUUGUGCAGUGGCUGCAUAAUGAAGGAGCAAGAUGUACAACUGCAGCGAUUAAUCAUGCCGCACACAAGAACCACUUAAACGUUGUACAGUGGCUUCACGAAACACGCGAUGAAGGCUGCACAGCAGAGGCAAUGGACUGGGCGAGUAAAGCGGGCCACCUUGCAAUGGUCAAGUGGCUUCAUGUCAACCGUCGUGAAGGAUGCACGACCUUCGCGAUGGAUCAAGCUUCAGCGAAUGGACACUUGGAAGUGGUGCAAUUCUUGCAUGCGAAUCGAGCAGAGGGCUGCACGAAGUAUGCUUUGAAUGCCGCUGCUGGUAACGGAGACCUUGAAAUGGUGAAGUGGAUCGUUGCUCACAGAUACGAGGGAAUUAUCUCGGAGGCUUUUCACAACUCUGUGAGCACUGGUCACCUCGAUGUGGUUAAAUUUCUUCGCAAUACUUUCGUAGAUGAGUGUUCUGCUCGUGUUAUUGACACUGCUGCAACCAACGGCCAUUUGGAGUUAGUUCAGUGGUUAUACGAGAGCUGUGGGGAGCGCUGCUCGCCUGCAGCGAUGGCAGGAGCAGCCAAGAACAGCCACGUCGAAGUCAUCAAGUGGCUAAGCAACGUCUGCGCACUGAAAUGCCCCACAUACGUGAUGAUGAACGCUGUUUCUAGCGGUAACUUCGAGAUGCUUCAGUUCCUGAAAAAGUCUGGGCAAUUGGACUGUCGUUCAGUGACAACUGAGGGUAUUGUAGCUGUGCUGGACCCUCAAGAGGAAGUCGUCCAGUGGCUGACUGAAAAUUAUCCUGAUGUGUAAGUCCGAGGACGAAAGUUUAGUUCGCUUUCUUGUACAUACAAUUACCUUUACAGCUCCUCCACUUCAACUUGUCCGGACGAUUUUGUUUGAAUGAAGCCAAUAAACUCGUCGCUCUUGAGCACAGGAACACUAACAGUGAACGUUGCGUCCUCUGCGUAUUCCUGUGAUACCAACUCUGCCGUGAAGUGAUCGGACGCUCGUUUGACCACAUCAACGUACGAGAAAUUUGUCUUCACAUACAGCAACUUGGUUGGCACCUUUUGAACGAUCUCUGCCUGCUCGAUCACCUCCUGCGCUGCAGCUCCAUACGCUCGGAUGAGUCCUCCAGACCCAAGCUUCACGCCACCAAAUAUUCUCGUCACCACCAGACAGACGUCGACUAAUUGUGCACGUUGUAAAGAGGCCAAGAUGGGUCUCCCAGCGGUUCCGUGUGGCUCUCCGUCGUCCGAGCACAGCUUACGGCCGUCCAUUGUCGUGU